GUCAAUUGAACGCCGCCGAUUACAGCGAGUGUGAACAGUGAAUAUUUUUCGUUAAGUGUUAAUUGUUUGCGAUUGUUUUCAGGGUUCAAUUCAUCAGAGUGAUAUAUAUUAUUAGACCUAAGCUCAAGAUUUAUAUUUGUUACCCAAAAUGUCCCACACAAUUUUACUAGUUCAGCCGGGUCCUAGGCCAGAAACAAGGACGUAUUCGGACUAUGAGAGCGUUAACGACUGUAUGGAAGGCGUUUGUAAGAUAUACGAGGAACAUUUAAAAAGGCGAAAUCCAAAUACGCCGACAAUAACAUAUGACAUUUCUCAGUUGUUUGAUUUUGUUGAUCAGUUGGCAGACCUCAGCUGUUUAGUAUACCAAAAGUCAACAAACACUUAUGCACCGUAUAAUAAGGACUGGAUAAAGGAGAAGAUAUAUGUGUUGCUACGCCAGGCUGCAGGCCAAAGUGAAUAAAAUAACAUUCACUAAGUUAUCAUAUAAGCGGGCCAUACAUCUGAGCUUCUAGUGUAAGUUUUCAAGGUAACAGAUAUGGCAGCUGCUGCAGUGUGCAAUGUUACAGUAGUCUGCUGAAACAAAAAAAGCUGCAUAUACUCACAUGUGGCAUUUCCAACGUCUUUAUAUUGUACAUACGCUAGGAUACAAAAUUGUGAACAAAUUAUUCUUGUCAUGUAAAGACUGUUUAUGUUUUUCGUAGCAAUCAUUUUGUAAACAGUAGAAGGCUGGAGCCAUUUAUUUUUGUAACAUCUGCUUAUUGAAUUGUAAAUUAUUUAAUCUAGUACACUAUUAUUACACAAAUUUUCUGUACCAUAGAAUCACUUGCAAUGAAGAUAGAAGCUAGGUUCAUGAAAUUUGGUUGUUCAAAUUUAGAGACAGAUUUAAGGUCCUAGCAGACAAUAUUGACUCAUGAUCAAAGCACAAACAAUUGGAAUUGACCUUUAUGUCAUGUGACCAGUGUGUGCAUAUGCACAGGUGAUAUAAAAUGUAGAAAAUCUCCAGUACAAGUUAUAAAUACUUAGGAUAGGCUUUUUAUAACUAUUACAAAGCCUAUCCUUAAGUUUUUAUAACUUGUACUGGAGAUUUUUUCAUUUUAUAUUAUCUGCCAGCUUAGUGCAUACCCUGUAUGCAUGCCACUGCAUGUGUCAUAAAGUGUGUCAAGUCAAGUAAUCCAUGCUUCUACUACCAUUACCACUGUAACUAACAUAGAGCUAGCUGUCCAUUUUAAAUUUUGUCAGGUUGACAUUGAGUUGUUAUGGUGGGCGAAGGGCCACUACAUUGACAAAAUGUUUGUUUCCUUAAACUUACACUAAGGUACUGACUGCAUAUAGUUCAAAUUUUUUCAGAUAAUGUAAAUCAAUAAAGUGAGUAACAAGUAUGAAAAGAGUAAAGGCUUUGAUUCUGCAUAUUACAUGAAAUGAUUUUACUUAUUUACUUUUAUAUUGAUGGGUGCAAAGUGAAAUGAGUACCAAACGAAACAUCUGCUUUUUAGUAGGGCUCAUAAUUAUAAAGACAGGUGAUUUGUAAGAACAUGAUAUUUCAAAUUAGCUACAAUUGCAUUCAUUAAAAAAAUGUUAAAAUAUCAGUUAACUUUUUUACUUUGCACCCAUUGAUGGGAUUUGAACUUAAAUAUCAUUUGGCAUGUGCAUAUCUGGCAACUGGGCUUUGAAUUAUAAGUUUUUUUUUUGUUUUAAACCAACUCAUUUUGAGG